GAAUAGCUCCUAGACCUGCAUAUCAAAGGGUAUUCCUGCAGUGGGCAACAGUCCCAACAGCCAACAGUGCGCAUGAUUCACCAACGGCAGAAGGACGGUCUACCGCUGCCGAUGCCGGCAACAAUAGCAACAACUACAACAACAGCAACAUGAAAGGGCAGUGCAGGCGCAGGGAUAAACAUAAACAGAGCCACCAGUCAACCAGUCAACCAGUCAGUUUCGGUUUCGGUCUAAAUGGAAUUGUAAAGGUGGCGGCGACCGAGCCCAAAAGCCAUCAGUGCCGCAGUCGGUGUCCAUCGCAGUGCGUUCUCCUGCUGGCGGAUAUAUCGGAUUCCGAGCCGGACUCGGAUACGGAUACGGAUACGGAACGUUUCCCAUCAAUCUGGCUGGCAAUCAACCAACUCGAGAUGGCAGAGGCUAUACCUCUAAAAAUACGCUAUAUAGUGUGUGAUAGGCAAGUGCAGUUCAUGUGCAGUUCCACUGACGAAUGCCGGAAAACCGGAGCGCCGGAGAGCGGCUCCGUGAAAAUACAAUUUUCGGCCAGAGAACACACGGAAUAAACGCUCGCGGCGU